UAAACAAUCAAUUUUGUCUGCAUAUCUCCACAGCCUUAUGUACGACUGGCUGUAAUCACGAGAUAAAUGCAACGUGCUGAUGUAUGGUAAUGUUCAAUAAUACAUUCUCCACCAGGCUCAAUUCAUCAGGGAGUUUCUGGAGGGGAGGCAUUUGUUAUUGGCUGUCUCCGGACCUCAAGGAUAACAUUUCUGUCCUUUCCAUUGGCCGCCCUGCCGCUGCAAGCCUCUUCCCGUCUUAUUUUGAUGAUGAAUAUGAAGGCAUGCUAAGCUGUGCCGGAGCAUAGCUCACACCGCCUGCACUCCCUCCCGGGGCUCAAGGACUCAGGGGCUCCCUCGCUGCUUCCCCUACCCACCGCCAGCAGCAGCAGCAGCACCAACAGCAGCAGCAACGCCGAAAGUUGUGAUGCUUUUCUUCACCCAGUGCUUUGGGGCUGUGUUAGAUCUUAUUCAUCUGCGGUUUCAGCACUACAAGGCAAAGAGGGUUUUCUCCGCUGCUGGGCAACUUGUCUGCGUUGUCAACCCAACGCACAGCCUAAAGUAUGCACCGACUCGCUGUGCAGCUGCACAGACAUCUACAGAUCAAGGCAUCCUUCCUCCCUGCCACCACCAUGAAGCAGUGCAUGACCCCCAGCUGGUUCCCUGCACUUGCCCACUCUUUUCCUGCCCAUGGGAAGGGCACCUGGAAGUGGUGGUGUCCCACCUGAGGCAGACCCAUCAUAUAAACAUCCUUCAGGGGGCAGAGAUUGUCUUCCUGGCCACGGACAUGCACCUGCCUGCACCCACAGACUGGAUCAUCAUGCACUCUUGCCUUGGCCACCAGUUUUUGCUGGUUCUCAGGAAGCAGGAGAAGUAUGAAGGCCACCCUCAGUUCUUUGCCACGAUGAUGCUGAUCGGCACACCAACCCAAGCCGACAACUUCACCUACCGGCUUGAGCUCAACAGGAACCAGAGGCGCCUCAAGUGGGAGGCGACCCCCAGGUCAGUACUGGAGUGUGUUGACUCUGUCAUCUCAGAUGGGGAUUGUCUUGUGCUAAACACUUCCCUGGCUCAACUUUUUUCUGACAACGGAAGCCUAGCAAUAGGAAUUGCAAUAACCACCAGCAAAGUUCACAACACCGAAGCUGAAAUGUGAGAGGGAAGAGGAAGAGGAGAAGGAAUAACAGUGGUGCUCUAGCCGCCUUGGAAGAGCCAGAACUUGCAGACUUUUCGGGGGGGUCUCAGGUCUUUUAUGGUAUUUAGUACUUGUCCACAGUGGGCAUCAUGUAAACAUCCUGUGGUUACAGUCUCUGUGUCAUGUAUUUACUGUUUUGUUAAUACAAUUUUAUGAGAAAUUUUGAA